UUUUCUGACUUUACUUCAAAUAUAAUUAAAAUGCAAGGUGAUAUUUUUAAAGAAGGUACGAAAGCUAAUUAUAAUAGUAUAAGAAUUGUGGAUAAUUCUACUAUAGAUGAUUCUUCUACAAAAUAUAAUGAUAAUGAUGAUGAUUCUAUUAUAGAAGAUUCUGAUACAGAAACUGACUCAGUAGAUUCUGAUAACUUUUAUGAAGCUAAUUUUGAAGAUAUAAUGAUUAAGAUGAUUGAGAAUCAAAUUUUACAUUAG